AUGGAUCCUGCAAAUACCGAAAAGCGGCAUGAACCCGAGGAAGCUCGAUAUCUCUCCUUCAGACAGCUUCCAGAUGGUACAAUGAGGUACGGGAAGCCUGCUCUCAACAAAUUCUCCUCUGCUCUCACCAAUGGACAUGAUUUCCCCGGAGCUCAGGCUAUGCUUUAUGCAGCCGGUGUUCCUGAUAGAGAAACAAUGAAGAAAGCUCCACAUGUUGGCAUUGCUAGCGUAUGGUGGGAGGGCAAUCCAUGCAAUAUGCAUUUGCUCGAGCUAGGCAAAGAGAUUAAGAAGCACAUCCAGAAUGAUGGGAUGCUGGCCUGGCAGUACAACACCAUUGGUGUUUCUGACGGUAUCACCAUGGGCUCAGAAGGGAUGCGUUUCUCCCUUCAGACCCGCGAAAUCAUUGCGGACAGUAUCGAAACCGUGACUUGCGCCCAGCAUCAUGAUGCCUGCAUCGCCAUCCCCGGCUGCGACAAGAAUAUGCCAGGCGUCAUCAUGGCAUUUGCACGCCACAACCGCCCUUCUAUCAUGGUCUACGGCGGCUCCAUCAAACCGGGAUACAGCGAGACGCUCCGGAAGCCCAUCAAUAUCAGCACGUGCUACGAAGCUCAUGGCGCCUACAUCUACAAGACACUGGAGAGUAAAGAAGAGGGCAAAUAUACACCUGACCAGAUCAUGGAUGAUAUCGAGCAGCACGCCUGCCCUGGAGCCGGGGCUUGCGGCGGCAUGUACACAGCGAACACGAUGAGCACUGCCAUUGAAGCAAUGGGGCUCACCCUCCCCAACUCAUCCACGACACCUGCCGAAUCACCAGCCAAAAUGCGGGAAUGCGCCAAAGCCGCCGCCGCCAUCCGUAUCUGCAUGGAGAAAGACAUUACGCCCCGCAAGCUCCUCACUAAAGCUUCCUUUGAGAACGCCCUCGUCAUGAUGAUGGCCCUCGGUGGCUCCACGAAUGCCGUCCUACACCUUCUCGCCAUGGCCGGCACCGCCGGCGUCCCCCUCACCCUGGACGAUUUCCAGCGUGUCUCCAACAAAAUUCCCUUCCUCGCCGACCUAGCCCCUUCAGGCAAAUACUUCGUCGCAGAUCUCUUCGACAUUGGCGGCAUGCCCUCCGUCAUGAAAUUCCUCUGCGCCGCCGGCCUCCUUGACGGCUCCAUCCCCACCGUCACAGGCAAAACACUGGCCGAGAACAUCGAACCCUACCCUUCCCUUCCCCCAGACCAGAAAAUCAUUCGCCCCCUCUCGAACCCCAUCAAACCAACAGGCCACAUUGAGAUCCUGAGAGGCAACCUCGCUCCUGCAGGUGCUGUAGCCAAGAUCACAGGCAAAGAAGGCCUACGAUUCACAGGCAAAGCCCUCGUCUUCAACAAAGAGCACGAACUCGACGCCGCCCUCAACCAAGGGAGGAUCCCCCGCGGCGAGAACCUCGUCCUCGUCGUGCGCUACGAGGGUCCCAAAGGCGGGCCCGGCAUGCCCGAGCAGCUGAAAGCGUCGGCCGCGCUCAUGGGCGCCAAGUUGACGAAUGUGGCGCUGAUUACGGAUGGGAGGUACAGCGGUGCUAGUCACGGGUUCAUUGUCGGACAUAUUUGCCCCGAGGCGGCUGUGGGUGGACCCGUGGCGGUUGUGCGGGAUGGGGAUGUGAUUACGAUUGAUGCGGAGAAGAACAGGAUCGAUAUGGAUGUUAGUGACGAGGAGAUCCAGGAGCGGUUGAGGAGUUGGCGACCUCCUAAGCCUACCGUCACGAGGGGCGUGUUGGCCAAGUAUGCGAGGUUGGUGGGCGAUGCUAGUCAUGGGGCCAUGACGGAUCUGUUCUAA